GGUCUGACGACGAAGAGGAAACAUGCGUAAUGCAAAGCAACAAAUGUUAUUGGAUCUUAUUUUAUCAAUCACGUAAGAAGAAAAAAAAACGCGCGAGUAUUGAAUUCAGCAAAUCACACAGGAAUCUGUUUUAAGCAAAACUGCUCAGGAAUUGCAUUUUUUUUUAACGCUAACAUCUGAGCUCUUUUCCUGACACAAUGCCAGCCACGAGUGAAUUGUACACAGCCGGAGAGUGUAAGUCUGCAGAGGAGAAGAAGCGUGUUAAGGACCCAGCUCCAUUCUCUCUGUUCUGUGAUGAACGCGGAUAUCUCAACCAGAUUCAGCACAUUCUGCAGACUGGAGUGAAGAAGGGCGACCGCACAGGAACAGGGGUCGUCUCUGUGUUCGGUUUACAGGCCAGAUACAGCCUGAGAGAUCAGUUUCCUUUGCUAACGACCAAACGUGUUUUCUGGAAGGGGAUUUUGGAGGAGUUACUGUGGUUCAUAAAGGGUUCAACAAACGCAAAAGAGCUUUCAGAGAAAGGUGUGAAGAUUUGGGAUGCCAAUGGCUCACGGGAGUUUCUUGAUAAGAAUGGAUUCACUGAGCGUGAGGAAGGUGACUUGGGCCCUGUGUACGGCUUCCAAUGGAGACACUUUGGAGCAGAUUACAAAGACAUGCAUACUGAUUAUUCUGGCCAAGGUGUUGACCAGUUGCAGAAAGUCAUCAACACCAUCAAGUCCAAUCCUGAGGACAGGAGGAUCAUCAUGUGUGCCUGGAAUCCUAAAGAUCUGCCCCUGAUGGCUCUUCCACCCUGUCAUGCUUUGUGCCAGUUUUACGUCUCGGAUGGCGAGCUGUCAUGUCAGUUAUACCAGCGUUCAGGAGACAUUGGCCUGGGUGUCCCCUUCAACAUUGCCAGUUAUGCACUACUCACAUACAUGAUUGCCCAUAUCACAGGGCUCAAGCCUGGUGAUUUUGUACAUACUCUUGGUGAUGCCCACAUCUACCUCAACCACAUUGAGCCUCUAAAAGUGCAGCUUCAGAGGGAGCCACGGCCUUUCCCUAAACUGAAGAUCCUUCGCAACGUGGAACGCAUUGAUGAUUUUAGAGCUGAGGAUUUUGAGAUCUGUGACUAUGAUCCAUAUCCCACAAUCAAGAUGCAGAUGGCAGUUUAAACAACACAACCUCUUGGUAAAUCUAAACAGACAUGCUGUAGUAGUCUAAU